CUUCCGGGAGAUCUCUUUGCUUAAUCUCCCUCUCAUUGCGGCUCAGCUUCGCUCGCCGACCUUAGCGCAACGGCGGCGAAGAUGCAAUCGGCAGGUGGCGUAGAUCCACGGUGGACACCGACACCUCCUCCACAGGCUUGGACUCCGGUUCGAUACCCGGCGCCGGCGAUGGUGAUGCAGCAUCCCAUGAUGGCGCCGCCUCCUCCGCCUCCCUACGGCCAGGCUUUUGUGCCCUACCACCAGACCCCGACUCCUCCUCUCCCUCCUUCGAAAUCGAACCGCUACCAACAAGGUGGGGAAGCUGUGGCGGAUGACGAGAAACGGACGAUCUGGGUGGGGGACCUCCAGUACUGGAUGGACGAGAACUACCUCCACAGCUGCUUCGGCCACACCGGCGAGGUUGUCUCCAUAAAAGUUAUUCGCAAUAAGCAGACUGGACAAUCAGAGGGUUACGGGUUUGUGGAGUUUCUUUCACAUGCAACUGCUGAAAAUAUACUUCAGAAUUUCAGCAGUCAUCUUAUGCCAAACACAGACCAGCCAUUCCGGCUAAAUUGGGCAUCAUUUAGCAUGGGUGACAAGCGCUCAGAUCUUGCUUCUGAUCACUCUAUUUUUGUAGGCGAUUUAGCUUCUGAUGUUACAGAUACACUUCUGUAUGAAACAUUUUCUAUAAAAUACUCCUCAGUAAAAGGCGCAAAAGUAGUUAUUGAUGCCAAUACUGGGCGUUCAAAAGGUUAUGGGUUUGUUAGAUUUGGGGAUGAGAAUGAAAAAAAGCUUGCCAUUACUGAGAUGAAUGGUGUUUAUUGUUCAACUAGACCUAUGCGUGUUGGCCUUGCUACUCCUAGAAAAUCUUCUGGUGGUUUUGGACCAAAUGGUGUAUCUUCAGCUGGGUCCCAAUCAGAUGUAGAUUCAGCGAAUACAACAGUAUUUGUUGGAGGGCUGGAUCCAGAUGUCAGUGAAGAUGAUUUGAAAGAAGCUUUUUCUCAGUAUGGUGAAAUCGCUUCUGUUAAAAUUCCUCUGGGAAAACAAUGUGGUUUUGUUCUUUUUGUCCACAGAAACAAUGCUGAAGAAGCAAUGCAACAAUUAAAUGGUACAACUAUCGGCAAGCAAACAGUUCGUCUAUCAUGGGGUCGCAACCCUGCUAAUAAACAGUCGAGAGUUGAACGGGGCAGGAGGUGGAGUGGAGCCUACUACGGGGGACAGACGUAUGGGGGGCAGACGUACGAUGGAUACAGCAUACCUGCUCAUUACCCCUCCAUGUAUGCUGUGCCGUAUGGCGCUUAUGCAUUUUAUGGAAACCAACAGCAAGUGAACUGAGAAGAAUACUUCUUGCUGAUUCUUCAAAGGCAAAGCACAGUUGUAGCUGUGAUCAGUAAUUGGUGAGUUAGUCAGAAGAACCCUAUUGUGUGUCGUGUAAACUUAUGCACUUAAAAAGAGUUUGAACUGAAGAUUCUCGCAAAGAUUUUGUCACUGGUCAUAACUAAAUUAGACAUCUGUUUGUGUGGAAGUGUAUGCCAAUAGAUUAAUAGAUAGUUUGCUAGUUUAAGGAAACAUUGUUCCUGAAACAAAGUAAUUACCAAAUAUUUUAUACAUGGAGUCCAUAAUUACUUCAUCA